UUACGCGGCCAUGCAACAAGCAGACACAAGCAGCCUACUGUAGUGUACUAGUAAAUAAGGAAGGAUAGGAGCAGCGAAAUGGAAGAAGGCAUCAAAGAGGGGGAGCCGAAGAAAGCAUCAGGAGCAACCGCAGACCCGGCCGCCAAGAGCACGACCGCGGGGGUCAUGGCGGACGCGACGUUCAAGAGCAUCGGCGACGUGCUCAAGCUGCUCCCCACGGCGACGGUGAUCGUGUACGAGGUGCUCAACCCGAUCGUGACCAACACCGGCGCCUGCCGCGUCGGGUACAAGAUCGCCACGGGGAUCCUCCUCGGGCUCUGCGGCUUCUUCUGCGCCUUCUCCACCUUCACCGACAGCUACGUGGGCGCCGACGGCAAGGUCAAGUACGGCCUCGUCACGCCCCGGGGCCUCCUUCCCUUCGCCGACAGCGGCGCCGCCGCCGGCGGGGGGAGGGAUUUCUCCAGGUACCGGCUGCGGUUCUCCGACUUCGUGCACGCGGCCUUCGCCGUGGCCGUGUUCGCGGCGGUGGCGCUGCUGGCGGACGCCAACACGGUGGCGUGCUUCUACCCGUCGCUCAAGGAGCAGCAGAAGAAGGUGGUCAUGGCGCUGCCCGUCGUGGUCGGCGCCGUCGCCGGCGUCGUCUUCAUCGUGUUCCCCUCCACGCGCCACGGGAUCGGGUACCCGCCGUCGAAGCCAGAGACGAGCGCGCUGGCGUCGCAGUAGGGUCGACCUUGGAGCCAUCGAGGUGGAUUGGUUUUGCGAGCAUCUGUUUUGCAUAAUUGCAUCAUUGUAUAGUCAUGCUGUGUCGCUUAAUUUGUAUUUAUUUGUACGUGCUUUGUGUGGACAUAUGAUAAAUGUGAUGUUUUUGCCACACACCUACCUGCAUAUGUUCAUCUAUUUCUCCCAAA